AGCUACUUCAUCACUCAUUCGCUUUCGUUCAUGAUGCAUUUCAUGCAUUACUUACACUCACCAGCGAACCAGGCCUGGUAUUGAUAGCUGUAGAUCUAGAUAUCUAGGCUAGUAGUAGGUGGAUUUUCUCAAAAUCAAGUAACAGUUUUGAAGAUCUGAUCGUGUGUGUGUAGCUUAGAUUCUAAAAAGAUCUAGAUAUAGAUCUAGAUAGAUCUAGAUCUAGAUUUAGAUCUAAAUAUCUUGAUCUAGGCGAGGCCUAGAAUCUAGAUCUAGAUUAUAGAUCUACUACACAGGCACAGGUUUGAUUUGGCGUUGAUGAGCAGUGUUGAAGACUAUGGCAGCUCCAAGUCAGCCAAGUGAAUUUCAGGCUUCUGUUUCUGACAUUUUAUCGAGGGUGCCGGAGAAAAGUCGGGAAGUUGUGAAGAACUUCUUCGAUAACUUGGACUUGAGUUUUGUUGACAAACAGGAAAUAGAAAAAGCAGAAAGUUGGAUUGAGUGGGCUAGGCGACUCAAAUACCUAAAGCUGGUUUCUGCCGAUGUUCCAGAUUUUAUCUUGCCUAAAGACUGUAGCGGUGAAUUGAUUGAUGGCAAAGUGUUCUGCAAAAGAGGACCAGAUGACCAAAUAUAUGACACAUACCCUGCCGUUAGAAACAAGGUGGCUCGGGGCAACUGUUUUCUUCGAAUCACCAGGGGAAAGCACAGAGGAACCAGGUGCAUUCUGUAUGCCUUAAAGAAAUUCACAGGUGGCUUAGGAGAUGAUGAUGACAGAGAUAGAGGCGAUAAUCACACUUGGAAGAAGUAUUUUACAAAGCCAUUGGACCAAGCAACAAAAAUUGUAGCCACCAGGAAGGCCAAUGGGGAGGCUGCUCAUCUCAGCUGCAUUAACAUUGAUGGUCAGAACCUCAUAUGUGCUGGGUCCAAAAAUGUCCAUUUGCUCAUACGGAACAGAGCUGACAUACAGUUUUACAGAGGGGACAGGUAUAGGAUAGCGCAUGAAGUUUGUCACUGUAUCAUGGAUUGCCUGGAGGAAAUGGAAUCCGAGCAGAAAGACAGAUUGUUAGACUUUUUGGUUCACACAAGGUUCACGGCCGUGUUUGAGAUUUUGGUUCCAGGACAUCAGCAUGUUGAGGAUUUGUCCCAUCUGGAGAAACCAGUGAUGCAGUUCAUUACUUGGACUUCAACAGAACUGGAACCUGAUCCCCAACAAAAACUGUGUACAGUACCUCCCCAUGUUGGUAUCGAAAUAGCAAAGUCUCUUGGACUGAUGACAGUGGACUAUGAUGUGUUGGCUGCAUCUGAUGUAGAGAGCAGAAUGAAACAGAUUCGCAAGGGCUACCUGUAUGAGGGAGAGGUCCUCUAUUUUUUGGAUGAGACUGACAAUGUUAUUGGCCUACUUAAAAAGAAAACUGUGUGGUACAUCAUCUGCAGAGCUAUCAGAGAGAAAUCGAGGAAUGCAGCGACCGAAAUGACUAAAAACAGAAGUGAGUUUUCUGAGAGCAAGGUCAUAACAAGGACGGAGAAACGAAUGUCUGAAAUUCAAAGCUGGCUUGGCCUAAGUGAUGAAGUCAUCUCUAGCUGGAAGAACUUGGGAAUUGGUUUCUUGAAAUGGAUCUUGAAAAAGGUUGAAGCUGGAGAGAAGUCAAUUUCGGAUAUUGGAGAUCAAUUUCCAGUCAUAUGGAAAGAAUUUCUUGCAGAAGAGGGGUUGACAGACAACAUCCCAGUGGAAUGUUCAGAGCCAGACACAGAGUUGGAACAAUCUGAUGGGACCUCAGCGUCAGGGUACUCUUGAUGAAACAUUUUGAUGUAGUAGUUGUGUUACAGGACAAUAAUGUACAUGAAGAGGCAAAGGGUACUAUACAUGAUAUAAGAUUUAUUGUAAACUGACCUGAAACAUGUUGCAUUUUCUGUUUUGUUACAUUUUCUUCCAAUUUCUUUGUUACUGUGGUAAUACUAUUUGAAGGGGAAAAAAAAGAAAGACAAUUUAUUUCUUCAGAUAAUACCUUGUUUCCUCGA